AUGGAUAUUUUGGUUACUGGUAAUGGCAGUGAAGUGACAGAAUUCAUCCUGGUGGGUUUGUCCAAUCAUCCAAAAUCCCAGAUUGCCUUUUAUUGCACCAUGGUGGCAGUCUACCUAAUCACAUUGGUGGGUAACAGUCUUAUCAUUGUCAUGGUUAGAGUUGAUGGCCAGCUUCAUACCCCUAUGUAUUUUUUCCUAAGCAACCUGUCCUUCCUCGAUAUCUGCUACUCUAGCAAUUCAGUGCCUUUUUUGUUGUUCAAUGGUUUAAGAGACUACCCCACCAUUUCCUAUACUAGCUGUUAUGCUCAGAUGACCAUUGCUCUUUUUCUGGGGAUGACAGAGUGUCUGCUCCUUGCUGUCAUGGCUUAUGAUAGAUUUAUUGCAAUCUCUAAUCCCCUGCGUUACACCAUCAUUAUGAACAACCGAGUCUGCAUACAGUUGGCCACAGUGACCUGGGCCAGUGCCUUUCUUUUAGCAAUAAUACCGAUCAUUGCAAUUCCUGCCCAUUUUUGUGGACACAAUGUCAUCAAUCAUUUUACCUGUGAGGUGCAGGCGCUGUUGAAGCUCACCUGCUCAGACAGCCCAGCCAGACUUAUUCUGGGUCUGGUCAUUGGCAUCUUCACACUGCCCCUGCCUUUCACCUUCAUUCUCAUCUCCUAUACUUGCAUUGUGGUUGCUGUGCUAAGGAUCCACUCUGCAGAAGCCAGGCUCAAAGCUUUCUCCACCUGUGGAUCCCACCUGACUGUCGUCACCAUAUUUUAUGCAGCAGCCAUCUACAUGUACCUGAAACCUCAGUCAAGGGAAUCCCAGGACCACGGUAAAGUCAUCUCUGCAUUUUAUGGCAUUGUAACCCCUAUGUUGAAUCCUUUCAUUUACACCUUGAGGAAUAAAGAUGUGAAAAAUGCCCUAAGAAAAAUGAUGAAGAAGAAAGAAUCCUAA